ACUUAUGCAGUAAGUUCUGUAUUACUUGAGCUUUCACACACCACAGAAGUUUAUGGUGCUUUUUUUGGAAAAGCAUUCCGGAAACGAAAUCCUGAGUCGCCGGAAGUGAUUAUUGUGACCGAGCCCUGGAUGACGGAAGCGGCCGGCGGCUGGUUUCGGAGAGGAAGAGACGUGCGCGGUGUCGUGACACCCGUCGUACCGGGAGGAAGGCUCUUGGCGCGAAGCCCUGAAAUCGGAGGAGGGGGCUCCAUCAGAGGAAGUCCCAGGACGGUCUGCGUGGCUGAGGCGGCGUCGGCAAAGGCUGGAGGUAGAAGUCUUGGGGUGCAUUUUCGUAGGUUGAAAAAUGACUACUCUUGAAAGUUUAGAAACCAAAGUCACCCCUGCUUCAACCCCAAUCCGAGGAGCAGGAGAUGGAAUGGAAACUGAGGAACCAGCUAAAUCUGUUGAAGUUACGUCUGGAGUCCGGCCCAUAAAGCCUCAUGUCCUUCAGAGUCCACGAAAGAAAGCAGUUCUGUCAGAGAGCCCCGGGGUCCUUCAGCUGGGGAAGCUCCUCCCUGAGAAAGCAGUGGAGGUUGAGGCUGUGAGAAUAUUAGUUCCCAGAGCUGCUAUAACCCGUGAUGUCCCCAAGAAACCCGCGAAGGCUGGGUCUCCGGGACGCCGUAAGGGAGAGUUCCUUGGUCAGCCAGAGGCGGUGGCAGGGCCCAGAGGGGACCUGUCGGAGAUGAGGACUUCCCUGGACAAGCUCAGGGACUCCGAGAGGAGGCUGCUCCAGGACAAAGAAGGCCUUUCUAACCAGCUCAGAGUGCAGACCGAGGUCAAUCGUGAGUUAAAAAAAUUGUUGGUGGCUUCCGUUGGGGAUGAUCUGCAGUAUCACUUUGAACGUCUAGCCCGUGAGAAAAAUCACCUUAUUUUAGAAAAUGAAGCCUUAGGUCAAAACACAGCUCAGCUCUCCGAACAAUUAGAGCGUAUGUCAAUACAGUGUGAUGUAUGGAGAAGUAAAUUCCUCGCAAGCAGGGUGAUGGCGGACGAGCUGACCAACUCCAGGGCGGCCCUGCAGCGGCAGAACCGCGACGCCCAGGGCGCCCUCCGAGACCUCCUGAGCGAGCGGGCGCAGCUGCGGAGGGAAAUGGGCGCCACACGCAAACUGCUGGAGGAGCUGUUAGCCUCUCUGCGGUGGGGGAGAGGGCAGGACCCCUCCCCCAGGCCACAGCCUCACACCACCGCAGAACUGGCAUCGACAAACCACAGGCUGGCAAAAGCAGUGAAUUCUCACCUUCUGGGAGAUGUUGGCACCAGCAGUCAAAGAAAGAGCUCAUCGGCAGUUGAGUUCUACAACACUCCAGCAGAAAAAAUGGCUGAAACGCCUGGAACGUGCCAGUACUGCAGCGGCAGGUGGUGUGGACCUGAUCCUGCAGUCAUGGGCGCACCGAGGCUCCUGCGGGUGACCUGUCAUUCCUGCGGCCUCCCAGGCCUAUGAUAACAGCUCCUGUGGCCCCAGCUCAGGCCUUGGCAUCAGCCAGAACUGUCCCUCUCCAAGAUGAGUGCAGCACCUUACUCCAUGGCCUGCGAUGGCGACUUUCACAUCACCCUGUCCCUUGAUCACAGUCUUUAUCGUCUUGGCCCUUGCAUUUUCCUCCGUCUCAUCAGCUCAGCUGCAGGCUUCUUUACUGCCCAUCGCUUGCCUAGACUCCAUUCUUAGGUGCCUUUCUUCCUUGUCCUCCUCUAGGACCCUGAAAGCCAGUCCACUGUUAGUCAGCUGUUUGCCUUCUUUGUUUCUAUACCCAUCAAACUGUUACUCACAUUCCGUGGAUGACUUAAUUUUCAGAAGAAAAGGAGGGCAGAGAAAGAAGAUUCCCCGAGGCCCACUUGCAUGGCAACCAGCCUUACUGGAAAAGCCAUCCCUCCUCCCUUCAGACGACAACCCUGGCUUGGCAGGUGCCCCGAGUCAGCCCUUCUCCCUGGUAGCUCUUCCUUGUCACUUAAAGGCAUGCCCAGGUGUCUCCCAUCCAAAGAAGACCUUCCCUCAUUCCUAAGUUGUCUGGAUGUGGCCUUAGCACCUUCCAUACUUGUUUGAGCAUAACGCCAUCUGCUUGCUGGUUCCUGCCGUCACUGCUCCUGUAGCCUUCCAGCCCCCCGUCCUCAGCCCUUGGAAAGGCCACGGCGGCUCCAGCACUGCUGCACUGUCUCACUUCGUGUCUGUCCCCCUCCUUGGUACCGCCGGGCCUCUGUGACAUCGCCCUUUCUUGGCCCUUGUACCUUUCUGAGCCCUCAGGAGCCUUUUAUCCUGCUUUGAAUAUUGAUGUCCUGUAGGAAUCUGUGCACCACGCAUUUCAUCUCCCUCAAUUUCUGAACCACCACACCCUUCCAGUUCUUCACUGCUUCUCUCAGUAUUUUGGGGGAGGGGGCACCCUCUUCCUGUGUCCCUUUCCCCACAUGAGAGAGAGAGAGAGACUUUAUAUUCUCUGGGGACCCUCCAGUUCCCAUGGGUUUAUGCUUGUGACCAACUGAGAUACUGUUCCUGAGUUGAAAAGACAUUUCCAACUGGAGAUGUCUGUAGGCUCAUCUCACAGCUGAAAAUAAAAGCACCUCUUUUCUCCUG